AUGAGCGACUGGGGAAAAGCGCAAACGGCCGAGGGCAAAGUCUACUACUGGAACAAAGUCACAAAGGCCACAUCAUGGACCGCUCCCGAUGGUUUCGUCGACGAACCCUCCGCGCCCGUCGCCGCUGCCCCCGUAUCGACGAGUCUGGCGGAUUGGAGUGAAGCGAAGACCGAAGAUGGACGGACGUACUACUUCAACAAGGUCACGCGCGUGACGGCUUGGGAACCGCCGCAGGGUUGGGGUCAGCAGAAAGCUGCGCCGGAAUUUGUUGCGGGUGGUGGAGCUCCGGGAGGAGGCGGUGGAGUGGGGUAUCCUUCGAUGGAGAGGGAAUACGAGAAUAAUGAUCGGAGAAUGGCGAGGAGGGAUAACCGCGACCAUGGCCUGCCUAUGAAGCCGAAUGGUGGUGGUUUCCGCGGUGCGAUGCCAGUCAAGACAGACGAGCCGGAGUAUGCGACCGAGGCACAAGCAGAGGAGGCUUUCUUCAAGUUGCUGAAGUCGCACAAGGUCACGCCGGACACGCCGUGGAAGGAUGCUGUUCGGAUGGUGGUGAGGGAGAGGGAUUUCCGCGCCAUCAAAGAUGCCAAGGACCGAAAGAUGGCGUUUGAGAAGUACUGUCACGAAGUGCGCGCACAGGAGAGGGAGAAGGAGAAGGAGCGGAGAGGAAGAAUCAAGGAGGAUUUCCGACAGAUGCUCACGACGCAUGAGGAGAUUCAGCAUUACACGCGCUGGAAGACUGCGCGGCCGCUGAUCGAGCGGGAGAUUGUGUUCAAGGCGGCUGGAGAGGAGGAGGACAAGAGGCGUAUGUUUGAUGAAUACAUUCUGGAGCUGAAGAAGCGACAUGUGGAGAGGGAGGACUCUCGCAAAAAGCAGGCAAUGGGAGAGCUGGGAAACAUGCUCAAGGCUCUGAUCCUCGACCCCAACACCAGCUGGCCCGAGGCGGAACAGACGAUUCUGAACAACGAGCGAUUCGUCAAGGAGGAUGUCUUCAGAUCACUCCACAAGGCAGAUGUGUUCAGCGCUUUUGACAAUCAUCAGAGGGAUUUGGACAGAGUAGCCAACGAUGUCACCCAGCAAGAGAAGGCUCAGCGCAAGCGUCGUGUGCGCAAGGCCCGUGACGGCUACAACCAAUUGCUGCGGGAGAAGCUCAAUGAGGGUGCAAUCAAGGCCGGCUCGAAGUGGCAGGACUUCUACCCUCUGAUCAAGGAUGAUGGGCGCUUCGACGCCUACCUCGGACUGCCAGGUAGCUCUCCUUUGGAGCUCUUCUGGGAUGUGGUAGAGGAGGAAGACCGCAAACUCCGUUCCCUACGCAACGAUGCUCUAGAUGUUCUCGAGGAUGCGCGUUUCGAGAUGAUCACCACGACCAAGCUCGAUGAGUUCACCGACCUCAUGCGCUCCCACCCCAAGACCUCAUCCCUCAAACCCGACCAACUCAGCAUGAUCUACGCCAAAAUCAUGGAGAAGAUCAAAGAGCGCGAGGAAAAGGACAAACACAAAGCCGAGCGAACCCAGCGCGACCUCCUCGACACCCUCCGCUCCGUCAUGCGCAAACUCGAACCUCCAAUCCACCUCGACGACACCUACGAAGACGUCGCCGUCCGCCUCUCGGGCCAACGCGACUUCGAAGCCGCCGACGACGAAGUCCGCAGACAAGCUUUCUCCAAGACCCUCCGCCGUCUCCGCGAAAAGGAAGAAGAACGCGAAGCCUCCCGCCGCGAACGUGAACGCGAACGUGCCGACCGCGAACGCGAACGUGACCGUCACCACCGCAAUGGUUCCCGCCGUGACGAUCGCGACGACCACCACCGCAGUGACCGCCACCGCACCCGUUCCCGCGAUCACCGCGACUCCCGCCGCCUGCGUACCCGCUCCCCUGAAAUCGACGCCUACGAAGCCGAUCGCCGCAAAGCUCAAGAGGACCGCGUCCGUUCUUCCCGCAAGGCUUCCUUCGGACUCACGCCUCCCCCACGCGACAGAGACAUCCGUGACCGUCGCGGCGACGAUCGCUACGAUCCUCGCGACCGGGAGAGGGAUCGUGAACGCCGUCCUGUGGAUCGUCAUGAGGGCGGCGGAGGUGGCUUGUAUGACCGCGAACGCCGCGAGCGCGAACUAGAGCGUGAGCGCCAUUUCGUCAGCCGUGCGGAUCCGAGGGAUAAGGGACGUACGCUGGACUAUGGUGAUGAUGAGGUGGUUGGUAGUCGGCCGGGAAGCAUUCGCAAGCGGAGGGAGAGUGAGGGGAGUGUGGGUAGUGGGAGGAGGGAGGUCAAGCGUCCUAGACAAGCAACCCGUACCCCGGUCCCGGACCCCACUCUGCCCAAGGAGGAACCGCCGGCGCUGCGUAGUGGGUCGGAGGACGGCGAGAUCGAGGAGGUGGUCUAG